UUUCGGACGUUUUGCAUUCGCAGCCAACAUUCGAUAGCGACGUGCUGGCGAGUACGGUUUAGCGAAAAGCUCACGAGUAGAAAACCAUAUCUAUCUCUCGCUCUCGUCGCGUGUACCCGGGUCCGUUCUCCUCCGCGUAAGAGCGGGUUUCUGUUGGGUGGUAGAAAACGGCGCGCACUCGACACCGCACGACCAUAUCUUGACCAUCAGCCGAAAGCCUUGCAACGGCUGCAGUUAGUAGUUUCGAGCGGCAGCACAGCAGCAUCGAUCACGCAGUUAACGUACAUCAGCCAGCAUCAGGCAGGUGCCCAUCUUCUAUCAACCAAAAAGCGCGAGCCCAAAAAACUCCAGCCCCAGUAGAACGGGAGAAAGAGUUUUUUUUUUGGUUGUUGUUUGUUUGUUUGUCACUGUUGUUGACAGUCGUUGACAGUUGUGCUCGAGUUCGAAAAAGUUCAGUUCAGUACAUUAGUAUUUUUCGGGGUUUUGUUGUAAAACGCCGUGAGUGAUUAUUGCUAAGAGAGCGUGUCAGAGAGAGAGAGAGAGAGGGUAGAGAGUUGGUGUACUGCGACUGUUUUAUCACCUCCCACCAACACUACUACUACCACCACUACCACUACCACCACCACCGUUCAGCGAGGAUCCGAACACCGAGAACGGUCGGUGCAGCACAGUGCAGGCAACAGUGCGCUCAAGACGUCGAUCGCAACAACAACAUCGCCCCAGCUAACGCUCGGACUCGGAUUCGGCAGGAUAGUUUUUCGUUUUUUGUUUUUGGCGUGCAAGUGCAGUUAGUGUAGUUAGCUGUUGAUCCAUUCCAUUCCGGGUAGCAAACGGUGCCCAGUCAGCAACAGAGCAGCAAUCAGCAACAAACCACUCGUGCCGCAAAACAAUUAAAGUAACAGUAGCAGCACAAUGAAGUUCUUACUAGUGACGGCUGUGAUAUGCAGUGCCCUCGCACUAACGUUAGGCGUACCGGUGCCAGCGGCCAACCCGGACCCAGCACCGGAACCGGCGGCACAACCAAAGACAGACAUCGAGCUGAUGAAGAUCCCUCUCGACGGCGAUAAGGAGCUGGACGUUAUUACCCUAGUCAACUCGGAGGAUCAGAAAAUCAACGAACGGAACAAGCGCACGAUCGGCAUCCUGCGGGAACUCUUCCCAACGAUCUCUCAGAUACUGGACCAAAAGAUACAGAUGAUCACGUCCUACCUGUUCCGCACGAUCGGUCCGAUACUGCUGCGCAGCGGACUGGGGCUGAGCGGUGGUGGCGCCGGUGACACCAACAACAACCGUGGCUCCAGCUCCGACGACGAUGAUGACGAUUUCGACUUCGACGACGACGACGACGACAGCGGCAAGGAUAGCAAGCCGAAGGUGAGCAUCUCGCUGCCCACCUUCCCACCGUCGGACGACGACGACGAGAAGGAGACGACCGCCGCACCAUCGCUACGCCUCGGCGAGGACGAGGACAAGAAUGAGGUGCGCAAGCGGGCCACCGUCACGCUGACGGCGACGGAACCGUCCAACGACCGGAUCGAUCUGCUCGCGUUCGGUGAGGUGGCGAGUACGGGAGCGCCGGACGCAGGCACAACGACGCAGGCACCGAACCCAACGACCGGUGCGACCGAAACCAAUCUGAUCACGACCAACGAGAACGCCAACACGCUCGAUACGCUUGAUCUGGCCGGUCUGAGCGAUACGCUGAACGCGAUCCGUGUUGCCCGUGCCACCAGCGAAGAGAAGGCCGCCUCGUCCAACGACCAGAACGCUGCCGAAUCGUCCGCCAACAGCUCCAGCUUGGACGAACUGACGCUUGACUCCGAGGGUAACGAUGAGGAUCGCAACAAGAGAUUCCUGUCCUUCGGUGGUAGCAGCGGAGGCGGCGGCGGUUCCGGCAACUUCCUGUUCGAUAUCAUUCGCCGGGCAGCGGACCGUGCCGCACGUGCCGCCGGAACCGUGUAUCGGGUCGUGGCCGGCACCGAAUCGCUGACGACCGACGACAGUAAUGACGAUGGACAUUCCACUUCCUCUUCUGCCACCUCUCAUAGCCACUCUCCGCUUGUAUCGGGCAGCUCGGGCACAGAACAGAGCGACGAGAAGGCCCACUCUCCGGACGAUCACGAUCUCGGCAAGGGUGACGGCUACACCGAGGGCAUUCCCGGACCGGUGACGCGUCUGUUCGUGUUGGCCAACCGCGGUCUCUCCAACCUUAUCCAGGAUCUGAUUCUGCGAAUCGCACAAACCAGUGAACGAGUGGUUAACUUCAAAGCACGUCUAAUUACGUCACUCAUCUAAGGUGUCACGAGGUGUCUGUGUUAGUGGACGGUUGUGGUGUGAGCGAUGCGUAGGACCACUCCUACGCUCAUAUCACGCCUUCCAACACCAUCCACUAUCCUUCCCGACUCCUGUUCACCAACACACUCCUCCCUCUGCAUCCUAGCUCCUUCUUCGUGACCUGAUCAUCAUCAUCGCCGGCAAUACAUCUACCCUCCUUAAAUGUAGAGUACUAUCAUCCGACAUACCCUACCGACCACAGAGCCUCCCAUCUUCCCUUCCACCACGGUACCAGCGUACCAGUGUGGGGUCCUGCUCAUCCACGAGCUGUCGUCCUAGGUUCAGAUGACGGCAAGUCACCAUCGUACUUCGGGCGGGCACCCUGACCUGAUCUGUAUAUUCUCCUCAAGCGCACCUAGAACACCACUAAACCCAUCGUCCACGUCGACCUUCCCAUCGUUAUUGGUAAAGCUCGAAGGCUCGUACUCGUUUGUCCACAGUGUUUGUUUUUAUGUUUUGCGUUCUCCACACCGCAACACUAGAAUCACUUGCAAAAGAUGGCACCCUACUACCCUCUGUCGUCUCUGUCUCUGCACCUAUCUCUGGUAUCUGUGUGUUGUGUCAUGUAUAUGUAUAUCUGCAGCCGAUGCUUUUCGAAGCGAGUAGUCCCGCGAUGCCCACGCUGCCCACCAUUGAUAUUCCCGGUGAGCUGUCCAACGUUACCGCACGCUUUGCUAACGCAAUGACCGAUCUGCGGAAUGACCUCACGAACGCUACACAGCAGGGCGUUGCCGAGCUGCAGAAGGCGCUGGCAGUUCCGCUCGACACAGGUUUUGCGUCCGGUUUAGACAGUCUGGUGUCCGGGUUUGGUGGUACGCCGGUAAAGUCGUCGUCGGAACCGACGAAGCAGGACGAAAAGCCGGACAAAGUCAAACAACAGACAACACCACCACCACCACCACAGGACGAACCGUCACCAUUUUCUUUGACUUCGAUAUUUGGUUUUUAGCUUCAUGUUGGUUUACUAACAUGAAAACACUGCAUGUGUGGUAUUCUGUCUUACUUUUCUUAUUUUUGUUUCUUCUUUGCUGCAUGAUAUUUUGCACCAAUUGUUUCUCUCUCUCUGAUACACAUGUUUGACUCCACUGACAUUUCACUUAGUGCUUUAGUAGACAAUCGUGUGCGGGUGACACAUACUACCACAUACGGUAAACGAUACGAAACGAUGUAGAUUAGGGGAGCAAGGGGCCCGAUUCAGAGCGAUGGUCAAACUUUUUUUUUUUGGGUGUUUAGUGGACAGACAGCAAACCGGAAGGAGAAGAUGUACUUAGGCAGUGUUGAUAGGAUUAAUUUUUCCCGGCAAGGAGCAAAACAUCAAAAACACUCACAGGAUCAUUUCCUAGUAUUUUUUUUUUUCAAUUCAUACCAUCAGCCACCACACGUAGUGCUUGCUGCAAAUGCUUCAAUCGUUUGCAUACACAUGCACGCAAGUGUCUUUUGUAAAUAUUCGUCAAUUUUCAUCUUUUCAUCUUUCGAUUUUUUCUCCUCUCGCUCGCUUUCCUUUUGUUCUAUUUUCAUUCUCUUUCUUUCUAACUCACCUUCUUUCGGAUUUUCCUUAUUUCUUUUCCUUUACUUGCUUCAUCUACCUUUCUUUUUCGACUGCUCUACUUCUGUUUCAUUUAGUAAUUUUUUCCCUCUUCUUUGUUUAUUUCUGGCAAAUAGAAAAAACUCUUUCCUCGCUAGUAAUUUAUUCACUCUUUUGGGAUAAACAGAGCAUUUUCUCAAACUUUUUUUCCUUCUUCUUCCUGGCACCACUGUAGUUUUUCUUCGCUACGCUAUGCUUUCGAUAUAAUCAUAUUUCAUUGCGAAAGGUAUGAACCUGUUUUAUUCUUCACCUCUUCCAAGCUGCAUCAACUUGUACACUUUCCUCUUUUCCUGUAUUACCUUCUUCAUUCUGUGAACUGUUCUCUUCCCAUCAUCCCAUCAUCACAUAGAGCAGCAAAAGAAAACAAGUAAAUUGGAAACGAAAUGUAUCAUACUAGGCGGUUUGUUUGCGUAAAACAGUAGGCAAGCAAUAAUGUAAUGAUUUUUAUUUUAUUAUUAUUAUUUUUGUUUUUGGAUUGAGGUGACACUAUUAUUCAACUGAGAUUGUUUAGGUUUUUUUUUAUCUCCCCUUGGCACCAAUAUAUUUUUUCUUUCCCCGUUUCCUUCGAAAUAUUGCUUAUAAUGCAUUCGCACAUGCAUGAAUGCCUACCUACCCUAGGCACUACUGGGUAGGGUAGGCACAUUUUUUUCUCGGACUACAACUGUUUCUAACUGUUUCAAACUUCCUGCUCGUGCUACUUCACUCGUCACCAAAUCACGUCACAUGUCUGUUUUGUCUAGCUACAGGCAGUGUACUGGCUAUAAUCUGUCUGCAUCUAUCUAACUUAGUAAAUGAAGUGAUUAUUAUUUUUUUAUUAAAGAAAACUACAAAAAAACGGAAAAGGAAAACAAAAACUUUAAUCGGAAAAAAUGCAUAACUAUCAAUACUAUAUUAUUUACGUAUUAUGUUGUAAUGGCGGUCAAUUCUUAGUUCUAUGGAAAGGCGGAAAGAAGAAAAAGCGAACAAAUUAAAUAAAAAAAAAAACGGAACUAUUUAAA